CUCAUUCUCAGCUCUAGGUGUUUUUCUGUCUACACCGUGGGAGUGAGAGGUUAGAGCGUCCUAAUACAGGGCAGAUGUGUGUAGAUUUUGGGUGUGUCCUGCUCCGAGUGGGAGGGACACUGAAAGCUCCAGGAAAACUGUAGCACCUGUUGGACUGUGAUUCAAAGUACACAAAGGUAAGAGACUGCACGACUCCACGUCAGAGAAAAACACACAGAGAAUGACCUCACCAGUGCCCCAGGUCCUCUCUGAGGAUCAGUUCCAGUGCUCCAUCUGCUUGGAGAUUUUCGUGGAACCAGUCUCCACUCCCUGCGGCCACAGCUUCUGCAAGGCCUGCCUUCAGGGCUACUGGAACCACAGCAAGAAGUUCCUCUGCCCCAUGUGCAAGAAGAGCUACUCCAAGAAACCAGAGAUGAGCGUUAAUCGCGUCCUAGCUGAAAUCUCCUCGCAAUUCCAGGGCAUAAUGCUCUCUGGGGGAGCUGAAGGAGCAUCUCAAGGGUCCACCACAAUGGUUCGAAGUAACAGCCUCACAAACUCCCCAGGGCCAGACACCGGGGAGUUUGCCCAGGCUGGGGAUGUUCCUUGUGAUGCCUGCAUUGGGAGGAAAUUAAAAGCAAUGAAGUCUUGUGUGAACUGUCCUGGGUCUUUCUGCGAGACCCACCUCAGACAUCAUAAGAAGGUAAAGUCCCUGACUUCUCAUCAACUGAUCGAACCCACAUUCCACCUGCAGAAUAAGAUCUGUAAGAAACAUGAGCGCCUCCUCGAAGUCUACUGCCGCACUGACCACACAUGUGUCUGCAAAGCCUGUGCUGAUGCCUCACACAAAUCCCACGAAAUAGUUUCCAUCGAUCAUGAGUGGAAGAAGAAGGUGAAUAUUUUGGGAAAGAGACGGUCAGAGAUGAAACACUUGAUCAAGGAGAGAAACAAGAAACUGGAUGAAAUUAAACAAUCCAUCAAGGUCAUUCAGACGAGCUCUCAGAAGGAGUUGGAGGACAGCUGGCAGGUGUACGCAGAGCUGCAGCGUCUUUUGGAGCAGAGUCAGGUGGAGCUGGUGGAACUGAUCACAACAAAGCAACGGGAGGCUGAACGUCACGCUCAGGAGCAGGCCCGAAGUUUGGAGAACGAGCUGAGCCACCUCAGGAGAAGGAGCAAUGAGUUGGACGCCCUCGCAAAGACUAAAGACAAAGUGGUCUUCCUCCAGAAUUUAACAACUCUGACGCCUCCACCUGAGCCCACAGACUGGUCAGCGGUCAGCAUCAACACCGACCUCUUCUUGGGAACCAUUCGUUCAUCUGUUAACAGUCUCAUCGAUAACUUCCAGGAGGAGCUCAAGAGACUGUACGGGAAAGAGCUCCGAAAAUUGCAGAACUACUCAAGUGAGGUGUUUAUGGACCCUUCCACAGCUCAGAGGCACCUAGUUGUGUCUGAAGAUGGACGGCAAGUGAAGUAUGAAGAGCGCAAGACCGCCCACUCAGAGGGCCCAAAGCGCUUCAGCCCCGCCCUGUUUGUCCUGGGCCGCGAAGGGAUCAGCUCUGGACGGCACUACUGGGAAGUGGAUGUAGGACGCAAGACAGCCUGGACACUGGGUGUGGCCCGCUCCUCAGCCCGCCGCAAGGGUGACAUCAACCUGAGUCCAGAGGGAGGAUACUGGUGCCUGUGGCUGAAGAACGGCGAGGUCAAGGCCCUCGCAGAAUCCCGCCUGACUCUGAUGUUAACAUCACAGCCCACUAAAGUCGGAAUCUUUCUAGAUUACGAACGAGGUCAAGUUUCUUUCUAUGAUGUAAAGUCACACAUGCAUCUUUAUACGUUUUCAGAUACCUUCAGCGAAAGCCUACACCCGAUCUUCAGCCCCUGUCUCACUCACGAUGGGAAAAACACAUCCCCACUCGUGAUCACUCCAAUUAAACACACUUGACACUGAAAAUAGUCUUAACUGGCAAACUCAGGUUUUAUAAUGUGCAAAUUAAAAAUGCCUUCAGUCCCUUAAAAUAAAAUGGCUAACACAAUGAGACAUACUUGCAUUUAGCCUGAAAAACCUUGGCUCAAAUUGUAUAAAUUCCAUUAAUUUGCCACUGAACAAACUCAUUAACUGGACAUCAUGUUUGCAUCAUUUUUGCAAACAGGCAUCAUAUUUGCUCAUGCAGAGUUCAUGGUUCAUGAACUAUGAUGUAUGAAAUUGUUUUUGAUGCCCAGUCACCAACUGCCUUGAUUCAGCUCUCAGGAGAAAAGUAAACUGUGCCCACACCCUAAAUAGCUACCUGUCAGAGAAGGUUCUCGGGACUGUCAGGAUCAUUAAAUAUAUGUCAGCAAUGUCAUAAAAUCUCAGGUUAUACAAUGUGGCUCCAACAGAAUGGAAAUUUUUGGAAAGUCAGAUUGCUACAUUUUGCACACUGUUAAUAAAAUAUGUCGUGUUUUCAGGAGAUAAUUAAGAGACCUUGUUUGAGUCAUAGUGCAACUAAAUCAGCCCUCUCAAUCUGCCAUUUUGAGCCACAAUGACACACUUUGUGAUUUAGUAUUAAAUGCAACCUGCAUGAUACAUUUUCUUGAGGCACCUACAUGAAAUCCUCAUAAAAAUAAAUAAAUAAUCAAUCACCAGACAUCACUACAAACCCAGAUUUAGGUAAAUGACAUCGCAAUCAUCUGUGGCUUUUAUGUCUUCUCUUGUUCAAAUCUUGCAAUCAUUUCAAUCUGAAAGAUGUAAUCUGUGUAGAAUAAUUGUGACCCCAUUGUGACCCAACAGUGGGUCACAAUGGGGGAGUAGUGACCAAUGGUGUCAAGUCAAUAAUGGAGAAAAUUAUACUUUGUCUUAUUCAAGUGGAAGAAGAAAAUGCUGCUCUUUGUACAGCUUUACACUGUGAGAUUCAUCAGGAAAUACUUGUUGCAUCACUCAUGAUUAAAUACAUUAACUACAACAAACAGAAGGGCUUAAAGCAGGACCAGGUUUGUGAGGUAAAUUUAAGCGUUAUAUGCCAAUCUUCUAGAUUGACAGGAUAGUUUUCUUUGGUUGUACGUUUGUUCGACUUGACUUCCUGAGAAGACAGAAUCUGGCCUUGGCUGUCUGAUCAUUUGACUUUGAGGCGGUUUUUCUUUCAGUGUUUAACAUUUUUAGAGAGACUUUACACACUUAACCAAUGAAGCGUUUUUAAAACUAUACAUUUAUUUAACCAGGUUAGUCCCAUUGAGAUCAAGAUCCCUUUUACAAGGAAGACCUGGACAAUUAUAAAGUUUCCAAUUCAGCUAACCUGCAUGUCCUUGGAUGGUUGGAAGGGUUAUUGUAAUUCUUGUACUAAAAGCAGGACUAUGGCAUUGUUUCCUUUGGGUUACAACAGUGCACAAUAUAUAAGUGUAUUUAAAAACAACCUCUUUUUUAUUUGUGUUUUGUUUUGUGUUUUUUACUGAACUUUGAUUGGUAUGAGGACUUUGUAAUUAUAUUUCUAUGAAACACGAUUUUACAUCACCUUUGUCAGCUUUUACAAUAAAGAUGGUAUAAAAA